CUUUACCGGCAGUCGGCAACAGGUGUUGCUUUUUUUUUAGUGGAACCCCAGUAGCUUUCGCGAUACAGGUGUAUUUGGGAGACAUGUUCCCAAAUGAUAGGGCUUUUCCGGGCUGCCACUGUGUCUUACAUAAUGCAUUCCUUUGCGUUGACCCAAAUCACUAGUUAUAUUUCCCGCUUCUAUCUUACCUCUGGGCUUCGAGUGACGCGCUGCCUUAUCCGGAAUGCCGUUUGCAAAACGGUAUGCACGUUCGUGCCCGCCAGGCAUUGGAGCUAGCCCAAUUAAAUGACAGGAAUUCUCGUGGAAUCCCAUCAUUUCCUGCGUUAAAUCUAUAUUCUCUGGAGGAUGCGGCAGGCUGGUAUCCUGCCUAGCUCCGCGGUAGAUAUUGGUCGUACAAGAUAUGCGCUCCCAAAAAUACAGAGUCAUUGUGGGGAAUUCUUAGUCCGAAAGUAUUGCGACUCACCACGAGAUAUUACCACAGGCGACGUUAGGGAUGAAUCGCGGACAUUCCCUCGUGGCCCGCAGGGACAGAAAGGGAUAAGAACGGGCCUCUCACUGGUAGUCGCCCCCUGCAUCUGCUUGUUACGGCGCCUCCUCCUCUUUCAAGCCAAAAUGAGGUUCACCACACCUCUCAUCGCUGCUUCUCUACCUUUCCUGGUGCUUUCCUGUCCCACCCGCAUCCGCCUUAAUGAAAAAGGUCGUUCAAUCCCGAUUAGCAAGAGGGGUUCCACCUUCGCCAAUGAUGGCGUUGUCAACAUAACAGCUCUUCAGGCCCACCUUGCUUAUGUCGGCGCCAAAUACGACGUUGGCAUGAAAAAUUACGAGAGGAAUACCGGCUCAGUCCAUCCCCUCGCCCGGGACAGAGUGACCCGCCCCUCGAAAAGAAGUACCGGCACCAGUGCCUUGACAAACCAUGAGGGAUUUUGGUGCGGCAACAUCUCAGUCGGGAAACCUCCUGUUACAUUUUCCGUCGGUCUCGAUACCGGAAGCAGUGACUUCUUCAUUCCCGAUGUCACUUGCAAGAAUUGUGGAGCACGUAGUGCACAUUACGACUCUAGCUUGAGCUCCACUUCCUCGCGGAUGGGGAAAACCUUUUUUAUCCGUGAUGCCGAUGGUUCUCUCACCACCGGACACCAAUAUACUGACGCUGUCACUGUGACCGGGCUCACCGCCAGGGGUCAAACCCUCGGAUCUGCCGACAGCUUCAGCCGGGCACUCCAGACUGGGCCGGAUGGCUUGAUGGGCCUGGCCUGGCCAGCCCUUUCUAAGUUCGGUGCUACGCCUUUCUUCAACACCCUCAUGCAACAGGGAACCGUUAGCCAGGGUGUCUUCGCUUUCUACUUCUCAGAGUCCGGCUCGGAACUCCAACUCGGCGGAACCGAUGAAUUGCUCUACAUUCCUCCUCUUAACUGGAUCUCUGUGACCCAACAGCGUUGGUGGCGGGUUGGCCUCGAUAGCGUCAAUGUUGGAGGAACGAAGGCGGUCAGCGGUGGAUCAGCCAUUAUCGAUUCAGGUACCGCUGUUAUUAUCGGUGAUUCAGAUACAGUUUCGCGGUUCUAUCGACAUAUUCCCGGAAGUGCUGUGUUUAGGACCAGUCGUGAUAGUACCACCUACUCUUACCCCUGCAGCUAUGAUCCUCAAAUCUCCUUCACGUUUAACGGAAUUCCGUAUCCCAUUGCUUCCAAAUACUUCAACCACGGUCCAGUCUCCGGUGGGUCGAGCAGCUGUGUUGGUGCCAUUUCCAGUCGAGGUGAAUCCGACUUCUGGAUCCUUGGUGAUCCUUUCAUGCGGAGUGUUUAUACUGCCUUCGACGUCAACAACUCUAGUGUUGGAUUUGCUAAACCUAGAUCCCCGUGUAAUCCAUGAUGGAAGGCAUUAGUCAACACUCAGGAAUGGUGUCCACACCUGGCUGCCCAUCGUCAAGGCUUUCAUCCCUUUGGGUUGAACCGUGUAUAUCUCCGUAACAUUCCUGAAUCCUGAUGAUGGACAGUUGUUGAGUGAGAUGAAGGUCAAUUCGGUUUUCCAUGUUUCAGUUUGUAUUUGCCUUGAACAUUAUUCGCUAUGAAAAUGGCAUGAAAGUGAAAAUUUUGGGACUUU